AUGGCGGAGAAUCAGGGCAACUCGUCCGGUCAGACCGGCCAGGGUUCCGGCAGAUCCUUCAGCUUUCCACGAAUGGACUUUCGAACAAACAAUGACGUUCAGAACGAGAUGUCGGAGAGGCGAAGACAGCUGAAGCUUAGUUUCCAAACGCAGGGCAAUAAUUUGUCGUUUGCCAAUUCCACAAAUUCCUCAUUGUCAAAUUCGACAGGAGCCACGGCGUGUCCACCAAUAUCCUCCCGCCCAAGUCUGCCUUUAUCUCUACCUAAGCUGCCAGCCAGACCUCGCAAUACGUUACAGCAGCAAGAAUUUCUUCCUGAUAAGGCAAGAGACAAACUACGAAUGUGCCAGUCUAUGCAGUCUACUGGUAAAUUGCAGUUAUCUACAGACGUAGUGUAUGAUUUCACAAGCGAGGAUCUGCAGGAUCUCGGGGAGAUAGGAAGGGGAGGAUUUGGAACUGUAAAUAAGAUGAUUCAUAGGAUAAGCAAUACCGUUAUGGCUGUGAAGAGAAUUCGCUCUACCGUGGACGAAAGAGAACAAAAGCAACUGUUAAUGGAUUUAGAAGUUGUGAUGAAGUCAAACGAGUGCCCGUGUAUUGUGCAAUUUUAUGGGGCUUUGUUUAAAGAGGGGGAUUGUUGGAUUUGCAUGGAACUUAUGGACACAUCGUUAGAUAAGUUUUACAAGUUCAUCUAUGAGAGAUUAAACGAGAGGAUACCGGAAUGUAUUCUAGGCAAAAUCACAGUGGCAACUGUGAAGGCGCUGAAUUACCUCAAGGAGAAGCUGAGAAUAAUUCACAGAGAUGUGAAACCUAGUAAUAUUUUAUUGGAUCGUCGAGGUAAUAUAAAAUUGUGCGACUUCGGUAUAUCUGGCCAGCUUGUAGACUCGAUCGCGAGGACUCGGGAUGCUGGUUGUAGACCGUACAUGGCUCCGGAAAGGAUAGACCCGCAACGCGCACGUGGUUACGACGUGCGGAGCGACGUGUGGUCAUUAGGUAUUACGAUGAUGGAGGUUGCUACAGGAUACUUUCCGUACCCAAAGUGGAACUCUGUCUUCGAACAACUUUAUCAAGUAGUGCAAGGUGAUCCGCCGCGGCUUUCCCCCAAUGAGAACGGCAAUCACUUCACUAUGGACUUUGUGAACUUUGUGAAUACAUGUUUAAUUAAGGAGGAGACGCAGCGACCGAAGUACAAUAAACUGCUGGAGCAUCCGUUCAUCAGGCAAGCUGAGGAAGCGACGAUUGACGUCGCGGCGUACAUCAGCGGUGUUCUGGACAAUAUGGCUAAUAACGGAGUGACACCGUUCACUACCAAUCAACCAUAAGAGUCGGUAAUUAAAGCGGCGGGGCGACAGCAGGGCAUGUCACACGUCAGUACCUCGGUUUUUGCAGUUCUCUUCAGACUUUCACCCUCCGAAUACCGUGUACGAACGGUAUUGUCGCACUCCCAACGAUCUAACGUAGAUAGCGAAACCGACCGAUUGUUUUUGUCGACGUGCGUCGUCGUCUCACUUAGAAUUUGUAUUCUCGUGGUCGUGGAAUCACUGUAUACACGAUAGAACGAGUAUCGAGAUGUACGUCGGCGAGCUGGCAUUUGUUAAGUAUCGAGUGGUGAUCGCGUACGUCCUUUUCUCCUCCUCUUGUUCCGUCAUCCUCCUUUCUCGUCUUUUUCUCGCUCAUUCAAUAUAAUUCCUAGAUCCACGUCGCGCCCCGACAGCAUUUCCCUCAGUUCAUGUAACUCUCGCGAUAGCGCGACUUAUCCAAGUGAAUUUCCAGCGGAUCAUACGUAUGCGUAUGCACGUACGUAUGCACAUAUGUAUGCGGAUAUAUGUGUAUAUAUACCUGUACCUGUACCUGUACAGCGGACCGCAAUUCGUGGUACAUACGAAAAGAAGCGAUUCAUGUAGAGAUAAGUCGAAAAAAAUAAAUAUGACAUUUUCGUACAUGAAGCAAUUUUUUUCAGAAAAUCAGAUUUAAAAAUUUAUCAAAUAUCUGCCUAUUGUUAUUUCUAUUUGUAUCGGCAAAUGUUCAUAACGAUUUACUUUCUAAAGCGAUUCUACUAAAAUUUCCUCAAGUUAUCUUAUCGCGAGUUACAGUAUGAUACAAGUAAUAGAAUAUCGAGAACUUGCGAUGUGGCAAUAGAUGUUACAAAGAACAAUUUCCUAACUGUCAGUUAUCAUCAAGAUAAAUAGUGCGCGUACAACUUUACAAAUCUGAUUUCUUAUUGAAAAUGACGCUUCAUAAAGAAAAGAAGGCGUUUAAACGUCUUAUCCGAUUAGUUUCUACACAGACAAUCGGUCUUUUCGUCUUUGCCUCACGAGUUACAGUUCAUCCUGUAUAUACGCAUAAUUAUAUCUUGCCUAAAGUCCUGAUUUCCACGAUCUUUUGUAAGGAGCGUUAUAAGAGUGCUCGGCGGACUAGUCGCCAAGAUGGUAAAUCGAGGAUACACCCGCAUUGGCUGUUUUUUGAGGAUUUUCUUAGGACAGAUUUAAAUACGAGUAUCAAAUGUUAGGAGUGCUGUAAUGUAAUGGAAAUAAAUCAUCGACACUCGCAGCUC